AUGUUUGUAGGCUCAUUUUCCUAUGCAAAAAAUACAACCCUCAGAGCUUUGCCGCACGUUUUCGCGGCAUCCAAGAAACGAUACGUUCCACCCAAAAAUAAUGGAAGAUUGCAGAUAGCGGCUAAUUCAUAUGAGGUCAUAUUUGAUGGGGAAAGAAACAAUGGCGCGGUAUUGCAAACUCAAGAACAACAACAAAGUCAGGAACAACGAGAAAAGGAGCAAGAAACGAAACAAAUCACAAUAUUAUUUGCUCACGCAAAUGGCUUUCAUAAAGAAGUUUGGGAACCGGUGAUUAAUAAGUUGGCGCAAGAAAAUCUUUUUGAUUCUUGGAACUUAAAGAUGUGGGCAAUGGAUUGUUAUAAUUCUGGUGAUAGUGCUGUUUUAAAUGGAAGAUUUUUACCGGAUUCGUUCAAUUGGAAAGAUUACGCGCUAGAUCUGUUAAGUGUGAUUGACGAAGCGAAGUUACAAAAACCUCUAAUUGGUGUUGGACAUUCGCUGGGAGGGAUACUAGCGGAAACAUUACGUCCCGGAACAUUUUCGUCAAUUGUAACCGUUGAACCGGUGAUUUAUCCGGCUUCUGCGAAUAAAGACCCUGGAUAUGGUUGGGCAAGUAAAAGAAAAGAUAUUUGGGAAAACAAGGAAGAGGCAAGCAAAUUUUUUCAUUCAAAACCAUUUUAUAAAGAAUGGAAUCCACAUGCACUUGAACUUCAUAUUAAAUAUGGAUUACGUGAACUGCCGAACGGACAAGUAACCUUGAAAUGUCCAAAACUUCAAGAACAUGCAACUGACUUAGUCUCGUUCAGUGAAUGUUUCGAGGCACUAUCGAUUAUCAAGAUUCCUUUGUUGUAUAUUGCAGGGGAAAAGUCUGACUUAAAUGAUCAGAAAACUCGCGAAUUGAAUACAUCAAAACUGCUUUUUGGUGAAUUAGCUGUUGUAUCGGAUGCUAGGCAUUUAGUUCAAAAUACUUCCACGCAACAUCAUUCAUUGCUCCGUGAAAACGAAACGACACCAUAUCCUAAUAAUCACCGUUACGCACGUUCGUCAUUGACCCCAUUACAAGAACGUUUGCCACGAUAUACCCCAUCUUUUUCUUUGCCUCCAAGGUAUUCUCGGCUUGACCCAAUGUCCGAAAUGAUGGCAAUCAGGAAACAAUCCCACUACAAAAUCCUUCAAAAUGAAAUAAUCCGUGACGAUGGUCGAAUAUUUCACUUUUACCUCGCAAAUCCUGGCGACGAAUACGACGAUUCUCAGAUCUGGAGUGAGCGUCUAAUAAUCGAAACAAUUGAGGAGAAAUUCAUAAAGAUUAAUAAUGACCAUGUGAGUUUAGAGAGGAGUAAAAGUAAAUUGUGCGGGAGGCGAAAGAUGAAGUUCUUAUUUGGAGGUAGUGAAUGGAGGUGGAUCAGUGAAGGUAAUCGCUUCAUAUUCCAGGCAGUGUUUCGCAAUCCAUGUAACGAAAAAGAAAUUUGGCCACUCGGUCAUCUGGAAAAAUGCAGCAGAUCACUAGUGUUUUGCCAGGGACGGUUGUGUACAAUGUACAUGAUAGACGAACUUGAAAUAAUUGUGUUAAUGACAGCGCUUUUGUUGACUGUCGAUAAAGAGAAAAUAAUCAAAGGAAAAUUGUCGAAAUGGUCAAGACGAUUAAUCAAUUCACGAAAUGAUAUCAAUCAACACAAUGAGGACGUAAAUGCAAAACUUGCUUGA